UCUUUCCGUACAGAGGUGCGAUCGCAGCCGAUUCCCGCGCCUGAGACAGCAGCAGCACAUCACUCAUUUAGCGUUGUUUUGGUCUUGACCUAUCCUAGUUACCAUCGCAUUCCUCUCAAACAUGGAAAACGCUAACCAGAUUGUGUCACUCGGGACCUUCCAAGUGCUUAAAUUACCGCUGGGAUUUAUCCGUCUUUUGGAAUGGCUUUUUGCCAUCUUUGCAUUUGCAACAUGUGGAGGUUACUCUGGGCAACUGAGGGUUAGCGUGGACUGCAUCAACAAGACCGACAGCAAUCUCAGUAUCGGCAUCAACUUUGCCUAUCCAUUCAGGUUGAAUCGAGUGGAAUUUGAUGUACCGAUGUGUGAGGGCAGGAGACAAGAGCGGCUCUACCUGAUCGGAGACUUCUCCUCGUCAGCGGAGUUCUUUGUCACCAUUGCUGUCUUCGCCUUCCUCUACUCGCUUCUGGCCACUGUGGUCUACAUCUUUUAUCAGAACAAGUAUCGUGAGAACAACCGCGGACCUCUCAUUGACUUCGUUGUGACUGUGGUGUUUUCAUUCAUGUGGCUAGUGAGCUCUUCAGCUUGGGCCAAAGGUCUGUCAGAUGUGAAAGCAGCCACUGAUCCAGAUGAGGUGGUUCUGCUCAUGUCGGCUUGUAAGGUGCAGGCCAACAAGUGCGGCUCAGUGUACGGUCCCAGGUGGUCUGGCCUGAACACGUCUGUGGUGUUCGGCUAUUUAAACUUCGUGCUGUGGGCUGGAAACAUCUGGUUUGUAUUUAAAGAGACGGGGUGGCACAAGGGAGGCUCAGCACGGUAUCCCGUUUCAUCCUCAGAAAAACAAGCCACUGCCUUCAACCAACAGGUCUACAGUCAGGGAACCUUUGAUCAAUCAGGAGGAGGUGUUUUUACUGGAACAGGUGACUUUGCACAAUCAGAAUAUAGCCAGGUGGGAAAUUAUGCUUCAAGUGGGCCCAUCUCCUACACCAAUCAGUAAACCCCUCCGCCUCAUCCCCUAAACAGGGAUCCAAUAAGGGCGCAAGUUUAACAAUGAGCACAAAGUGAAAGAGGGAGAUUAAUUUAACUAAGCAUCUUAUAUUUCUUAAAUAUUAAACAAUAUUAAUAAAGCAGAUUGUUUGUCCAAAAUACCGUUUGUAAGAAUGAGAGAGAUUUUUGUCUUUACCUGUUGUAAAUGUUACUAACAAUCUUUGGCAUUUACCACUGAAAUAUUAUUGGUUGUUACAAUCAGAUGUAAAUUUCAAUGCAUGUGGAGUUAGGAUGUCAACAUGAAGGUUUGCUUUCAUUUAUUACUGUUGAUGUUUUGGGAUGUUAACUCAUUACUGUUUGUGAGGUUUUCCAGAAUUCGAAUCCCUAAAAUAAUGUCAUGCCAGUGGUUGUUGUAUUUUACUGUAAAAAAAAUCUGUGGUCCAUGUUUAUAUGACUCGCUGAUGUUUGAACUGCAUGAAGUUGUGCCAUAUUACCUUGAUUUUAAAUUAAGUUUAUUUAACUAAGUUCGGGAGGAACAUGGUCAUGUAAUCCAACCAAUCAGCCGUCCCUCGCCUCUGUCCCGUGGCAGUUUUUGCAGCAUCCCUCCUCCACCCCAUCGUCUCACUCUCAGCUAGUACAUCUAUCCCAGUUAAGGGGGGGGGGGUACUCUGGGUUACAAUUCCAAGUCUGGACCCCUCUCCUUGGACAGCACUCCAAAUAUGCUUUAUCUCAUUCCCUAUACAUGUUAAUGUGAAUUUGUGAAAUUUGUACAUAAUUUAAUAGUUUGAAGUCCUAACAGGGUCGUAUUGUCUAUUCUGUGACUUGAAUUAUGAUCACAAGGUGAUUUAAUUGCAAGGCGUUGAUCCUUGGAAAGAAAAAAUGCAAUGAAAGUGAUUUCCCUGCUCUUAUGCAUUCAUAUGUUUCUUUUAUAAUGCAUGAUGUUGUAUUGAUCACAACGGAGAAAAAAAACAUUGUGUUAUUCUGAUUGCUGUCGCGUUCAAUGUAAACUGGUUUUCUGUCUUGAUAUAUUUGCAUUUUCAAACUUUGGGUGUGAAUGCUUAAAUGCAUUUUGUGCAAGGACAAUAAAAUAUUGUGCAUUCCUUUACAUUAAAGUGAUUGGGCUGCAGUAA